AUGAUGGUACCUGUGUUCAGCUUUGGCUUGGAACGUUGUGUCUUUGCGAAACAACCGCGUUUUCAGGAAUUAGUUGCAACCGCCGUAAGUGCCGGAACAGUCAUUAACAUUGGCAUCAGUGGGGCACACGAAAUGAAUACUCGAACAGCAAGCAAAUAUGGCCAUUCAUCGAGGAGCACCAGUUACCUAUGUUUCACCUACACAGAUGGCGCAAGGCAUACAUUGAAGGAUGAAUUUGUAAUAGGCAUUCAGGCUGCAUGGAAUAAUUCGUCUGUUGAAACACAUUACCAACCCAAAUUAGCAGCAACGUGCAGUCUGCUCUACGUAGCAAACAAAAAAUUCUCAGGGGAUUUUCUACAUGUUUACUUGGUAGGUGGUUUUCUUCAAAUAGACUUCGAUUUGGGCGGUGGGUUAAAGCGUAUUACUGGUCCAAAUAUAUCUUUAAUCGACGGAUAUUUUCACAGAAUUCGCGGAUUUCGCAAUGGUUUUCAAUUGCUGUUAGAGGUAGACAAAAAGCUAUCUACUCACGUACUACAAGUUGGAAGUAUUUGGACACGCGACAGAAAAACGGGCAGACAAUUCAAUGAACAAGAAACUAUAUGGCUUGGCGGUGUACCACUAAUACAUUUGCCUUGUAUCUUCCCAAUAUAUUUAAUCGGUGUGUACUAUAACGGGUUAUUGCUAAACGAUCUGGCAGCUGGACUUUACCAUCGACCGUUUGUCAAAGUAACGAAUUACGAUACUGUUAGGCACGUGCAAAACACUUUCAUCAGACUGGCGCCUGGAAGUCCAUUCACGAGUGUUUCCAACACAGAACUCGGGCAAGUUAAAUAUAGUAAAUUUGACGGCCAGCACAGUGACGAACAAAACUUUUACUUGAAGUAUGGCUCCCCCAACUAUUCGGAACUUACUAAUUAUCAAACACACCCCGUUGUGGCAGAUAAAUCGCACGGAUUUGGAACGCCAAUACAUGUGGUCAAUUGGACUGCCAUCAAUCCGCCAUCAAGACAACAAACCUCAGAGUUAAUUGAAGUCAACAUUUGGCUUAUCUUCUGCUUGGCUGGUGCCGGGUGUGUGAUGCUCUGUUCAAUAACCCUGCUAGCGUUUCGACUACACAUGAGCUGCAAACGUUGCUCUUCACAACCUUCACAAAUUUCGAAACAUGACAUGGAAUCAUGCAGUCGACCUUACCGAGAAAAAGGAGACGAAAAAUCAUUGGAAACAAAUUUGUCAUCGUCCGCAGUUAAAAGGAACUAUAACUCUGAUACUGUUGUCUCAGCGUACUUAGCUGGAAGGAAACAUGGUUGUUCUCCCCUUGAACAUUCCACCGGUUCCACGAUGGUAAAGCGGACAAAACAUGACUCCUGUUGUCCCGUUCAUACGACGAUUCCAAACCACUUGAUGUACGUGAGUCAAACGUAUUCUCCAUCUGAAUCGCAGCCUGUGGAGCUAAACACAAAGCAUCCGGACCUCUUAAAUGUCUUUAUUAAUAUGUUCCAGGAGAGAACAGCAAUUCGAGAUGACAUUUGCUUUGCUCAUUUAACAACUGUAAGCCCUGAGCUGAAAAACAAAUAUAGUUAA